AUGGCGACAAACGAAACAAUAAAUAGCAGUGAACAGAUAGAAAAAAGUGCAUUAGCAGUUUUUGGAGGCUGGUUCACAUCCAUCCAUGGCUAUUCAAGCCUUACCGUAUGUUUUUUUGGAAUACCGACAAAUCUCAUCAACAUAUCAGUAUUAUCACGGAUUGAUAUGCGCAACCCAACGAACGCCCUACUUUGCUGGUUGGCAGUGGCAGACUUGUUGACUAUGGUUCCUUACGUACCUUUUGUGAUUCAUUUCUAUUGUGCCUUUGAUCCUUACGACUAUUCACCGGAAAAGUUUACAUUUCCCUGGGCAGUAUAUAUGCUCUUUCUUAUCAACUUUGUUGCAACGACACAUACAAUAUCAAAUUGGCUAGGUGUCUCAUUGGCCGUGUUCAGAUUUGUUCAACUACGCUCUACUACAAAAGGGCCCGUCGCAAAAAGACGACUGUAUAGCACAAUACUCAAAGUGAUUACAGGAGUAUACGUAUGUUCAUGCCUUGUGCUCGUACCAAAUUACAUGUCGAACAAAAUCGUGGAAUAUACUGACAUAACCACCAACAAAACCGCGUUCUUCAUCGAAGAUAUUAAACUGGGCACAAACGAUACCAAACCAAUCGUUUUAGUCAAUGUGUUAACAUAUUCAAUAUUGACAAAGAUUGUUCCUUGCAUUUUGAUGACAGUUUUCAGUGGAAGCCUUUUAAUAAGCCUCAACCUCAGUGGCCGCCAAAGACGCCAACGUCUUUCUGUAACAUCAAACAACGCCCGGCGAGAAAACAGGCAGGCGAAAACCACUCGAAUGUUACUGGUUGUGAUUAUCUUAUUUUUGGUGACAGAAUUUCCACAUGGUUUGCUUAUUCUCAUUAGUACAGUUGUUCCUAAAUUUUACCAAAACGUAUAUACGCCUCUUGGUGAUCUGAUGGACCUAGUAGCGUUGGUUAACAACGCUAUAAACUUCCUCCUUUACUGUAUCAUGAGCACCCAGUUUAGAACAAAGUUCUUAGAAAUGUACUUCAAUAAACUGUCGUCAUUCGAAGACAGGGAAAGGAAUCAGCUCACAACAUCCUUGAACAUAACAACUACUUCAGUGUGA